AUGGCAAAAACUGGCAGAAACACAAUCAAUGACAAAGCAAAAAUACCAAAAAAUAACUGUACAAAACAAUUAGAUGUAAAUGAAUCUACAUUCUUACAUUUUGCACGUAAUUUUAGACCACUGACAACUAACACUGACGAUCAAGAAGUUACAGAUAGUCUAGUAUCCAGUUGUGCUAGUGUUCCUAUAGUAUCAGAAGAUCCGAUAGUUUCAUGUUCACAAUCAUGUCUUAAUAAUUGUUUAAAUCAAAAAAUAAAAACUGAAAAUAUAAGUGUCCAACUCAAUACAAACAUAUUUGGUGGACAAUACACUUUAGUACUGUCAUCAGAUGAUGAGUAUGAAGAAUUCAAUGAUAAUAAUGGAUGCAAGAAACAACAUUUAACAAAAAGUAAACCUAUCAAAAAUGAAGACUUAGUAAGUUAUGUAAUUGGAUCAGACAUUAAAGGUAUGUUUGACGAUGAUAGUUCUAGCCGUGAUGUAAUUUCAUCAUUUAGACAAAGUCAAGAUAUUAUUAAUCCAAUAUAUAAAUCACAACAUAAAAUACCUAUACCAAAAAUUAGGGAGGUGAAGCCAAAGGUGUCUGAUGAAGCUGUAGAUGAAGCAAGAAAAGCUGACUUUAAUUUAAGAAAACGACAGAUAGAUCGAAAUAAUUUAAUGUCCAGUAUAGUUAAAGAAUUACAUUUAAAUCCACAUGAUAUAGUGUUAGAAUUUGAUACUAUUAAAAAAAUACCAAUAGUAAAAAUUUCUGAAGAAUUAGCUAAAUUCUUAAAAAUACAUCAGGUGGAAGGUAUUCAAUUUUUAUGGAAUACAGUUUUUGAAACUGUGGAAAAAACAAAUACCACUGAAGGGACAGGAUGUGUCUUAGCCCACCGAAUGGGCAUUGGAAAAACUUUGCAAAUUAUAACUCUAAUGUACACUUUAUUGUGCCAUACCCAAAUUAAUAUAAAAACAUUUUUAAUCAUAUGUCCAUCUGGAUUGGUUUAUAAUUGGAUGGAUGAAAUAUAUAAAUGGUUAAAAGAUGUUGACAUAGAUAAAGUUGUCAAAGUUUAUGAUUUGCCCAAGACUCAGAAACUAUAUAAUGUAACAAACAUAGCGACAUGGAAAUCUAAUGGAGGUAUUCUUAUUCUUAGUUAUGGGAACUUUAAGAGUUUGGUUAAUUGUAAACAAAGUGAUUUACGAGAAGCAUUCUAUCACACUUUAGUUGAUCCAGGGCCAGAUGUUGUUAUUCUGGAUGAAGGGCACUAUAUUAAAAACACCCGGAGUAUACUAUUAAAAAGUUUAACACAAAUCAGAACAAAAAGAAGAAUAGUAUUAACAGGAACUCCAAUGCAAAAUUCUCUUAAAGAAUAUUAUACAUUGGUAGAGUUUGUCAAACCUAACAUACUGGGAAAUUUUACAGAUUUUAUAACAACUUUUAUCAAACCAAUUGAUGCUGGCCAAUUUAUAGACUCACAUGAUGAAGAUGUUAAAAUAAUGAAGCAACGUGCGUUCAUCUUACAUAAACUCUUACAAAAUACUGUCCAUCGCAUUGAUGAUAAAAAUCUAAAACCAUUAUUUACAAACAAAAUAGAAUACACAAUAGAGGUUAAUUUGACCAAGUUCCAAUGUGAACUAUAUGAGAAGUUCUUACAUAGCAUAAAGCAUAAAGUAUCUAUUGAUGGUUAUAAUGUAUUUUUAUGCUUACAUGUGUUAACAUUAAUAACAUUACAUCCAUUAACAUUAUACAGAUUGAAACAUUUUAGAAGUAGCAAACAACGUGAAUUAGGGACUGCAGUUGAUGAAAAAUUAUCAAAGGACUUAUCAUGGAUUGAUAGUUAUGGAGAAGAUCCAAGAUUUUUUGAAGCUAAACAAAGCAACAAAAUCACAUAUGUUUUAAAUACAAUUCACGAAUGUUCCAAAAGAAAUGAAAAGGUACUUUGUUUUUUAAAAUCACUAUUAGCUUUGGAUGCCUUAGAAUAUUUUUUACAACAAGAGAAAAAAUGGAUUUUAGGAGAAGAUUAUCUUAGAAUGGAUGGUAAAACAUCAUUAUCUAUACGAAAUAAAAUGUGUGAAGCUUUUAAUAACCCUGAAAAUACUGCUAAAGUUUUUCUUUUAUCCAUGGGUACUGGUGUUCUUGGAUAUAAUAUGGUUGGUGCGAAUAGAGUAUUGUUACUUAAUACAUCAUGGAAUCCAAGUAAUGAUUUACAAGCCAUUUAUAGAUGUUUAAGAUUUGGUCAGAAAAAAACGGUUUAUGUUAAUAGAUUGUUAGCUAAAGGAACUGUAGAACCAAAAGCAUAUUAUCGACAAAUUUCUAAAUUAGGAAUGGCUAGCAGUGUUGUAGAUUUACAACAUAAGAGUCGAAAAGUAUCAUAUGAUCAAACUAACGACUUAUUUUCAUUUGAUUCGACAAAACAUUUUAAUAAACUACUUCCUAAUACAAAAGAUCCUGUACUUAACCAACUAAUCAGAUACAAUUUGGAAUUAAUUAGUGAUUUUAAAGAACAUGAUUCCAUGCUUGUUGACACGAUUAAAGAUAGUACUACUAUCUUUAAUCGUGGUUUCGUAUCCUGUGGGUUUGACCGUGGAACCACUCACCACUCACCUGGUCUAUGGUCACCAAGAAGGCAUGAGAUUAAUGUUACCGAGCUGCGCGCGGUAACAAUUUGUAACUGA